AUGGCAACUGGACCCCCACCCUGUGGCAUCUGUGAGGUCACCCUGCCUUUCCUGGAUGGAGGAAUGGAUGGAGGCCAGAUCCUGCCUUCUCAGCUUCUGCUGCGGGUUGGGAGGCUUUCUGCACUGCUGAUCCAGAACCGGACUCACUUGUACCACUUUCUGCUCCUGAAGAUGGCCAUCUUUCAGCACUGGGUGUUGGGGCUGGCCCAGGAAGCCCGGGGUUCAGGCAGCGACCAGGCCUGCUUGCUUCCGGAAGUCAUCGUCACCUAUGCUCUGAGCUUGGCCGUUCGAGGUGGACUGACAUUGGUGUGGGUCCCCAUGUGGCUGCUGCUCUGGGGACCCAGGCUGGCNUNCAGAGUUGGGAUGUGCUGCACCCGCACUGUGAGGCUGGCCCUGGGGCACCUCUGUGCCUGUGUAUCUCUGGGUCUGUCUCCAGCUACCUUCAGGGACCUGUUUCUGUCCUGCCUGCACAGCCUGAUGCUGGUGGCUUUGCUGCCACUGCUGCUAAGCUGGAAACUGAUGAAGAAAACCUAUCACUUUAGUCUGGGCUGGCUCCCCAUCCAGAAUUCUGUGUUGCUGGAAGCCCUGGUCCUGCUGAGAGGCCUUUACCUGUGGGUGGAGCACAGGACCACACUCACUUCCUGGAACCUGGCCUAUCUUGUCACUUGGAUGACCUGCCUUGCUUCCCACCUGCUUCAAGCUGCCUUUGAACACACAACCCAACUGGCCCAGGCCCAGGAGGUCAAAUCCCAGGAGACCUCAGGGACCCCACCUCAGUUCUUCAUUCCAGAAUCCUCCAUCACUGAGUCUGGACCCCUCCCACCCCAGCCUGAAACCCCCGGAGAAUAAAUGUGUCCCCCGCCUGCC